CACGGCGCAAAUCCGCUGCGUCCGCCCCGCCUGGCCGCGCGCCGUUACCAGGGAGACGACGGCGGCCGCGGCCAUGGAGCUGAGGGUGGUGAAGCCGCCCGGGCAGGACCUGAUGGUGGAGCGCCUCAAAAGCCGCUACGGCGUGGGGGGCGGCUGCCCCUCCGAGCCCGGGCGCCGGCGGCCGGACGUGGCGGAGCGGCGGCGGCGGCCUCCCCGCACCCCAGAGGACUUCGGUUUCUACUCACGUGGAGAUGAAGCUGGUCCGUCGCUGAGAUGUUACUCUGAUGAGAGGAGGCGCGGCCCCGCAUCCCCCCGUGGUGCCCUCAAGCGCGGGACCGUCAGUUGGCAAGAUGAUGAACUGGAUUCUUUUCAAGAUUUAAAACAACGGGAAACAGAAGAAGAGUUCGCUGGGAAUGAUCAUAGAGUUAGUACCUCCGAAAUAAACAAGCAGUCUUUUAAAGAGAUAAACAAAGCAGUUGCCGGGCCAACUAAUUCGGCCUCAGAUUCAAGGAACUGGACUGACUGUUGCAGUGACGCCAGUGACUCUCCUUCGAAACGUGUCAGCUCCCCAGCGUCCAGAGCCUCAAACAGGCAGGGUGUGCUUCCGCGUCAGGUCAGCCAGAUCUACGAUGAGUUACUCCAGAUAUACCAGAAACUGCAGUGUGAAACUGCAGCACAACAGGAAUUUGCUGAAGAGCUUCAAAAGCGAGAACGUUUUCUGGCUGAGAGAGAAGAGCUGCUUUUCAGACAUGAAAGUGCCUUGAAUAAAAUUAAAGGUGUCAGAGAAGAGGUUCUUACAAGGUUCCAGAUCUUGAAGGAGCAACAUGAUGCAGAAGUGGAGCACUUAACUGAAGUUCUUAAGGAAAGAAAUAAAGAAAGCAGGAGGCUAAGGUCCUCUUUUGAUGCAUUGAAAGAAUUGAAUGAUAGCUUAAAAAAACAGUUAAAUGAAGUAAGUGAAGAAAACAGGAAGUUGGAGGUUCAGGCUAAAAGAGUUCAAGCUCGUUUAGAUAAUUUACAGAGGAAGUAUGAGUUUAUGACAAUACAGAGAUUGAAAGGAAAUCCCCACGCUGCUCACGAAGCAAAAAGUUUAAAACAGGAAAAAGUACCAGUUUCAAAACCUUAUAAGGUACCACUUAAUGGACAAGUUUAUGAACUUCUAACUGUCUUCAUGGACUGGAUUUCGGAUCAUCACCUUAGCAAAUUGAAACAUGAAGAAUCUGGAAUGGAUGGUGAAAAGGCACUACCCACAUUUGCUUCUCAGAGAAAUGAUAUUCAGCAGAAGUGUGUGAAGCUUUUGCCUGUGAUGACAGAGCAGCUACAGUGGAUGCCUUUUGUGAAUGCCAAGCUUCACGAGCCUUUUGUAAAGUUUAUAUAUUGGUCUCUAAGGCAGCUUGAUGCUGGAACACAGCAUUCGACUAUGACGUCAACAUUGAGGAGAUUGGGUGAAGACAUAUUCAAAGGAGUAGUGACUAAGGGCCUUCAGGAUAAUUCUUUCGAGCAUUCUGUGGAGAGUAAACCAAAGACAGCUGCUUUCUUUAAGAGCUCCAGUUUACCACUGAGAUUUUUAUCAACUUUAAUUGUUCUCAAAACAGUCACACAAGCCGACCACCUGGCGCAGGCGUUUGACUCCCUGUGUCUGGACUUGAAGGCGGAUGAAGGGAAGAACCUGUUCUUGGAGUGCCAGGCUGUCCCGGUGGUGCUGAGCCACCUGAAGGUCUCCAGCAAAGGGCUCCUGUCCAGCGCCAUCGACAGCCUGCUGCAGAUGACAGUGGAGUCCAGGUUCCUGCAGCCCUUCCUGGAGGUGUGCAGCUGCUCCCUCUUCUUCCGGACCUGCUCGGUGCUGCUCCGGGGCCCGAAGCUUGAUCUCCACAUCCUAGAGAAGCUCAGCAUCAUCCUACAGAAACUGUCCAAAAUCAAAAUCUGGAAGAAAGUCUCAGGAAAUUUGGGCCUCUUCAAAAGAAGGGGCCACAGGGCACAGGCCGAGCAGGAGCUGCGCUGAGAGCCGGAGUGGAGUGGGGACUGAAGGCCUGUGAGCACACGCCAGGGAUGGCGGGCCGCCACCUGCAGGAGGAGAAAAGCAAGCCGGCUCCUGCGAUGCCGGAGGUCGGUCGGGAGGACUCACACCUAGUGAGCAUGCCUGUCGUCGGUGUUUUCAGGUUUGCAGGUGUUCAGAAGUUAUCCGCUUACGUACUAUUCCUGAGGAAAGAGACUGCACAGAUUAUUCUAACCAACUUAAAAUUGAGUUUAUUAACUCAACCUCGUACCAAAAGACUGUAGUGGGCUCUGAAGCCACUGAAACGUAAAUAGGUUUAAAGGUUUGUUGUAAUUUGUGUAUAAAAUGGAAUGAAAUGUUAAAUUCCUCAAAAGGGUAAAUAAUGGGGAAAGCAGUAGUUGAGAGUAUUUGGAUGAGACUCUAUUAAUCGAUGUCAAAAACAGAAUUAACGGGGGCCCUGGGAUCUAGGUGGAGAGGGGGAGCUAGUUAGGAGCAGUUUUCUACAUUUUCACCAUUCCAUUUCACUACUGACUUUGACAGAAAAAUGAAGGAUAAAGAAUGCUUUUGGAAAAUGUCAGAGUAACCACUAUUAAAAGCAGAAGAGAUUGCUUUUAACUGAAAACUAAAAUACGUAUACAGACAUGGCAAAACAUAGAAAGCCAGGAACAUGUGAAGAAUAAAAAUACAUAUUUAGGAUAAGUAAGGGAGGUUUUUAAAAUUAUGAAUAAAUUCUGUAUUGCCCUAUGUUGAUAAAUUUGCAAAUCUGGAUGGAAUGGACUGUUUUCUAGAAAAAGACAAACUAUCAGAAUUGCCUCAACAAGUCUGCAAUAGAAAAUCAUUAAAGUCUUAU